UUCACAUAUCCAAGCACAACAGCAACAGAAGCAAGCGAUCGAUCCCUGCCCACAGUCCCCAGCUACCUCUAGACACUUCUCCCAGCGAUCGGCAUCCUAGUUCACUGGCCCGUGCAUCAUUUCCCAUGGCAACCACUGUGAUGGCCUCUGCCGCGAGCUCCCUCGCCUUCGCCGCCGCCGGCGAGCGCGCCGGCCGUUUCCCUGCCCGGCUCCCGGUGGCCAGCCUCGCGCCACGCCGGCGCGCGCCGCUCGUCGUCAGGGCCGCCCAGAACGAGGAUGCCGAGACAAGCAGCGCAGCCGCUACGCCCAAGCCCGCGGAGGCGAAGCCGGCGAGCAUCUGGGACACGCUUGCGUUCAGCGGGCCGGCGCCGGAGCGGAUCAACGGGCGGCUGGCGAUGGUGGGCUUCGUGUCGGCGCUCGCCGUCGAGGCGGCCCGCGGGGACGGCCUCCUCGCGCAGGUCGGCAACGGCGCCGGGCUCACGUGGUUUGCGUACACCGCCGUCGUGCUGUCCGCGGCGUCGCUGGCGCCCCUGCUCCAGGGGGAGAGCGUCGAGGGGAGGAGCGGCGGCUUCAUGACCGCCGACGCCGAACUCUGGAACGGACGCCUGGCUAUGCUGGGGCUCGUCGCGCUCGCGGCCACCGAGUACCUCACCGGCACGCCCUUCGUCCACGUGUAGUGUAAAUACGGCGUAUAUUAUACGCGUGGCGUGUAGCUGUAGAGGUGCUAGUGGUAUGUACGUGUAGCUGUUAAGUACAGUAGUGGAAACAUUGUAACGUUCCUUGAUUAAAAAAGAAAAAUAUUGCAGGAUUCCUUUGACAAAA